AUGUCUGCGGAUGGUUUGUCGGGUUUCGAUGUCGAAGUAAACAUGAAAGACUUGACAGCAGAAGAAAUACAAAAUAUGGAAUUUGAAUCUAUAGAAAAAGCAGAGGAAUUUUAUGUAGAAUAUGCAAGGUGUCUUGGGUUUUCCGCUAGAAAAGAUGUAAGGCGAGUCACCGCUGAAGGUGUUGUACAUACACGUCAGAUGGUUUGUUCUAGGCAGGGUGAGAGAGCUAAAAAAAAUAUUGAGCGCACUGAACGUUCGAGACAACCCAGGGGAUUGUCACGAACAUCUUGUGUAGCUAUGAUUCGAUUUCACCUUAAUAACAGUAGUGGUACUUAUGGUGUUGUCUGCUUUAUGCCCGUUCACAACCAUCCUUUAACUCCAUCCACACAUGUUCACCUGAUCCCCAAGUAUCGUGGAUUGAAUGAAGCCGAUAAGAAUUUCGUAGAUGGGUUGCAUUCGUACGGGGUUAGAUCUUGUCAUAUUCUGGGAUAUUUGAUGGGUCAAAAAGGUGGUCAUGCAGGGCUUGGUUUUUGCAAAAAAGACCUUUAUAACUACAUCACCAGGAGUGGGAAGGCAAAAAUGGAGGAUGUUGGCGACGCGUAUUCUGCUUUGUGUGAUAUCCAGACAAGAACAGAAAAUGACCACCUUUUUUAUUGUAAGUUUACACUCGAUGAUAUGGGGCAUCUAAAUAAUUUGUUUUGGUGCGACGGAGCUAGUCGCGUUGACUACAGCUGUUUCGGGGAAGUGAUUGCCUUCGAUGCGACUUAUAAGAAGAACAAAUACGACAGGCCACUCGUUGUUUUUUGUGGUUACAAUCACCACAAGGAAACUACAGUUUUUGCCUGUGCCUUAAUUGUCAACGAAAAAACUGAGACAUACAAGUGGUUGUUAGAGACAUUCUUAGAUGCGAUGUAUCAAAAGCAUCCGCUUCGGGUGGUGACUGAUGGAGACAAUGCUAUGAGAGAAGCAAUUAAAUGUGUAUUUCCGAAUGCAAGUCACCGCCUUUGUUCUUGGCAUAUCCACCAGAAUGCACUUGAAAAUGUGAAGAAUAAAAUUUUUUGCCAAGAGUUCUCUUCGUUGGUUUAUUCUACUUGUAGCCCUGCGAGGUUUGAAAGUGAGUGGCAGAGGAUUAUAGAUGAGCAUGGUCUAUCAGGGAAUCCGUGGACUCGAAAGGUUUAUGAGACAAGGAAAAGUUGGGCAGCUGCGUUUAUGCGGUCGGAUAUGUUCUAUGGAAUGAGAACGACUUCAAUGUGUGAAGGUCUAAAUUCAUUUAUUAAAAAUUUUGUGCAGAAAAGAAGCACUCUAGUUGAAUUUGUAAGGGAUUUUCAUAGAGCUUUAGCAGAGUACAGAAACCAGGAAAUGACGUCUGAUUUUGUUUCAACUUACUAUAAACCUGUGAUGUUAACACAUAUGCCAGGUCUUGAGCAAAAAGUUUCUGAGAUCUUCACCAGAGCCAUGUUUAUGAAGGUUAGAGAACAGAUAACAAAUUCAGCCUCGCUGGUUAUUGGUGAACAAGUUUCGUUGGGGAAUACAGUGGUGAUUAAAAUGGAUAGAUUUGGCGUUCCCGGUUCAACGGUGACAGUUUGCGUUGAUUUGGUUGGUCCCAUUUUUAAAUGUGAAUGCCAACACUUUGAGCGCAGUGGGAUUCCAUGUUGUCACGUCUUUUGUGCCAUCAAGCAGAGACACAUGGAUUACCUCCCGGACAACCUGGUUUGCAAAAGGUGGACUAAAAUGGCGAAAAAUAAUGUCUUGACGUGUACGGUGGAUAAACAGGAUGCUGAUAAGUUGGAAAUGUAUCGUCGAAGUUCAUUGACUGCUGCGUUCAAUACAUUGUUGGAGGUUUGUUGUAAAACUGAUUCCAGUUAUAAGCAGGGUAUCAGUGCAAUGUACGGUCUUAUUAACAAGUUCAAGAAAGCUGAUGCUGGGAACAGAGGAAAAAAUACAAAUGAAACCCCGAUUCGCGACCCAAAGAAGUCGAACGCCAAAGGCGCUCCUCGCAAAUACAAUAAACACAAGAAGAAGAAGAAGAAUACAAAGUGUGGCCAUUGUCAGAUGGUUGGCCACGACAAAUCUGGUUGUCCGGUACUACAUCCGGGCAGCGAUUUAGAAUUCGACGACACUGUGCAGACUGAAAAUGAAUCGAUUGAUAUGGAUGUAUCAGAUUCGCUUACUGAAGGCAGAAACGACCGCGUACCCGGUGACAGGAGUAAUGGUGGUCAGCGAAGGAAGAAACAAACUACUACAAGUACAACCACUGAAGUACCAACACAGUCCUCAUCAUCCAGCUACAAUGUAGGGCACGGAUACCCGCACUUUCCAUCACAGUUUAGAGUAAAUCAAAGUGUGGGGUUGUUUCCAAACUUUCCACCAUCGGCUAACUGUGCACCGCAUGCGCCACCAAUGAACAGUAAUAUGGCUAACUGUGCACCGCAUGCGCCACCAACGAACAGUUAUAUGCCGGGUGGAUCUCAUAAUGUUCCUUCUCGUUCAUCGUUCUUGCAAACCUUGGGGGACGUGGAGCUGAAAGCAAAAAUGAAGAAAGAACGACCGGAAAAUUGA